AUGCGGCAGGCCGAACAAGACAUUGUAAACAUUGCUACUGACACUGAUGCCGCCGCACAGGCGGCCGCCACACAAAGAGAUGAGGACCUAGCCCAUAGGACUCAGGAGGCAGAUAGACUGACUGCCAUGCAAGUAACCAUCGACAAUUUGACUAAUCAGCUCAAUGUUGUCAAUGCUGCCUUACAAGGCCUACUCCGAGGAGGGGGCAAUCCCAUCGGGGGCGCGGCAAACAUUGCCCUGGCACCCCAGAAACUCAAGAUUCCUGAACCAAAGCCCUACCAGGGUUCUCGAAAUGCCAAAGAAGUGGAAAAUUUUAUCUUUGACAUCGAGCAGUACUUUGACGCUGUGGGUGAACUGGAAGAGCCCAAGAAGGUCGCUACUGCUGCCAUGUAUCUACAAGGCGACGCCAAACUCUGGUGGCGUGUUAAAUAUGAAGCCAUAAAAGCGGGCGAGGAUGCUCUUGAGACAUGGGAAGAACUAAAAGCAGCCAUCCGCUUACAGUUCUUCCCCGAGAACAUCGAGUAUAAUGCACGAAGGAAACUUCGGGAACUCAGGCAAACGAAGUCAGUCCGAGAUUACGUCUGCGAGUUCUCUGCCCUCAUGCUGAACAUAAGGGACAUGGGCGACAAGGACAAACUUUUCACGUUCAUGGAAGGCUUGAAACCCUAUGCCCGCAUGGAAAUACAAAGACAGAGGGUGGAUACCUUGCCCAAGGCCAUCCAAGCUGCGGAAUGCCUCAGUGACUAUCAAGUAGAUGCUCGAAAGGAUAAACCUCAACCACCAGCCCGUGGGGGAUUCAAAGGGGGCCAAUCCUACAAUGCUGGCCCCAGCAGAAGUGGGGGAGAUCGUAGUGCAACCAAAUCAAAAGGUUCUUCCUCAGGCAGCAAUAGUGCUGCAUCUCAUAACAAUGAUCGGGGGUGGAAGCCCCCCUCAGGAUGUCGCCAUUGCGGCGGACCACAUUGGAACAAUGAGUGCCCACAGGCACAGAUGAACGCCCAUCAAAUUUUGGAUGAUGGGACGGAUGAUGAUGAGGAUGAUGCGGAUCAGACAGAACCAAUAGGUGCCUUCAAUGCACUUGUUUGUUCCAUUUCCAACGCUGUAGAAGGCACCAGUGCUAGCAUAUGCAAAAAGAAAGACCCAAGCUCAACUGCCAAGAAGGGAAAGGCAAAGGCAGGCAACGGGCCUCCUCCCAGAAAGGAGAAGACCCUGAUGUUUGUCGACUUGAGAGUAAAUGGCAAGCCUAUCAAGGCCAUGAUAGACACAGGUGCUACGCACAACUACUUGGCCACCACAGAAGUAGAACGCCUUGGCCUAGUUGUUGGAAAGGGUAAGGGUCGUGUCAAAGCUAUCAACUCGCCACCCCAACUAGUGGGCGGAAUAGCCAAAGGAGUGCUGGUAAAGAUGGGUCCUUAUGACGGCAAGUUCGACUUGCGAGUAGUGAUCAUUGAUGAUUUCGAUUUGAUAGUGUGGUUGGAAUUCAUGAGGCAGACUAACAUCAUCCCCAUACCCUAUGCGGACCUGCUUCUGAUGAUGGGAACAAACGGGGCCAAACCUUGCAUGGUCCCGUGCACAACCAUAAAGAUGGCAUCAGGAAAUAUCUCUACAUUGCAACUGAAGAAGGGGGUCCAUCGACAAGAACCCACGUUCCUGGCUACCCUUUGCAUUGAAGAGAUUGAGUCUUCUUCAGGCCCCAUUCCAACGCCUGUGAAGGAGCUCAUGAAGGAGUUUGACGAUGUCAUGCCACAAGACAUGCCGAAGCGACUCUCGCCUAGGCGGAUAGUCGAUCAUGAAAUUGAAUUGGUGCCCGGCGCGAAGCCACCUACCCGCGCACCCUACAGAAUGUCACAACCCGAACUCACCGAGCCUAUUUUUGCAAGUCAUGUGUUAUGCACAUGA